AUGGCGAUGCUGCAGGCACCGAGCAAGUAUGUCACUUUGGUCUCAGGCGAUGGCUUCGAAUUUGUCGUCCUGCGCGAGGCCGCCAUGGUGAGCCCUAUCAUCAAGGGCAUGUUGGAUGUGCGAAGCCAGUUCGCCGAGGCUAAGGAUGCACGCUGCGUUUUUCAAGAGAUGAGCGGCAUGGUUCUCGACAAAGUGGUCGAGUACUUUCACUACUGGUACCGUUAUCGAAAUAGCGAUGAUGUUCCCGAUAUGGACAUUCCCGUAGAAUUAUGUUUGGAACUACUAGCUGCGGCUGACUACUUGGGGCUGGAUCAGUAA